AUGACAUCUGGAGCCUCGGCCAAACCAACAGCAGGUAACAACAUAGCAGUUGAGGGGCAUGUCUGCCUGGGUGGUGGAGGAAACAGCUCCUGCUCUGGUAGAGUGGAGAUCUUCCACCGAGGACAGCGGGGCACAGUGUGUGAUGAUGGAUGGGACCAGGGCGAUUUUAGACCCUUUUUAGUGGUGCUCUCAGUAAUCUGCCUGCUUGUUUCCAACAAGGCUGUUGUGACUCUGCAACCCAACGGUCCUCUGAUAUACAGUGGUGAGACAAUCACUGUCAGAUGUGAGAUAGAGGGAGGUGGAAACACUCGAUGGGAAUAUGAAUGGAGAGUAAACAACAUGGACAUAUCUCACAAAGAUAAUGAAUACAAGAUUAUCAGAGCUUCUGUUUCCCACAGUGGAGACUACAGGUGUAAGGGUAGAAAGGACUCAUAUUACUCAACAGAGUGGAGUGAUGUCUUCACAUUGACAGUAUCAUCAAAUAAACCCAAACCCACACUGACAUCAGACAAAACCAUCAUACCAGUAGGAGGCAGUGUGACACUGACCUGCUCUGUGGACGAUUCUGCUGACUGGAAAUACGACUGGUUCAGACAAACCUCUGAGUCUUCUGAAGCUCAACUCAUAAGAAAUGUUAACCUGAACAGAGUCAUUAGUGUUAAUCAAGGAGGCAUCUACUACUGCAGAGGAGGAAGAGGAGGAGGAAGAGGAGACUCAGUCUUCUACACAGAGGACAGCAACAAAGUUACUAUUCAGGAAACUGUUUCCAACAAGGCUGUUGUGACUCUGCAACCCAACGGUCCUCUGAUAUACAGUGGUGAGACAAUCACUGUCAGAUGUGAGAUAGAGGGAGGUGGAAACACUGGAUGGGAAUAUGAAUGGAGAGAAAACAACACAAACAUAUCUCACAAAGAUAAUGAAUACAAGAUUAUCAGAGCUUCUGUUUCCCACAGUGGAGACUACAGGUGUAAGGGUAGAAAGGACUCAUAUUCCUCAACAGAGUGGAGUGAUGUCUUCACAUUGACAGUAUCAUCAAAUAAACCAAAGGCCAAACUGAGAGCUGACAACAGAGAUAUUCCAGUAGGGGGCAGUGUGACCCUGACCUGCUCUGUGGGCUCAUCAUCAUCUGGUUGGAAAUACUACUGGUACAGAGGAGAGAAAACCUCUGAACCCCUGACCACACAAUAUGCUGUUUUACAAUCAAAUGGACAAAUCAGUGUCUCACAGGGAGGAGUCUACUGGUGCAGAGGAGGGAGAGGAGACCCAGUUUACCUCACAGAGUACAGUGAUUAUAUCAGGAUCAACAAAUAUGAUGUUCAUUCAGCAAUGACUCUCAAAGUGAGUCCUGACAGAGUGCAGCACUUCACCAAUGACUCUGUCUCACUGAGCUGUGAAGGAAACUUCACUAAGUGGAGAGUGAGGAGGUUUCCUGAGGACCAGAACUGGUCAGACUGUUAUAACUGGAGGUCCAUGACUGGAUCCACAUGCAACAUCAGCAGUUAUCAGCAGAGUGAUGCAGUGUACUGGUGUGAGUUUGGAUCAGGAGAGUUCAGCAAUGCAGUCAACAUCACUAUACAGAAAGCAGAUAUUAUCCUGGUGAGCCCUGUGCAUCCUGUGACUGAGGGACAGUCUGUUACUCUUGGCUGCAAACUGAAGAGAGGAGAAUUACUUUCCAACGUGUUUUUCUAUCAAAAUGACAAACUUAUCCAAAAUGAUACCAGAAGAGAGCUGAAGAUCUCUGCAGUGUCAAAGUCAGACGAAGGUUUCUACAAGUGUAAAUACUCAGGAGAAGAAUCAGCACAGAGUUGGAUGUCAGUUCAGGCAGUGUCCAGGCCUGAAAACUCUUCCUCUCUUGUACCAUUAAUUGUUAGUCCAAUCCAGUCUGAGAGCACCAAUCAGGACUCUGCCACACAUCAGAUGGUCAACCUGAAUGAAACUCAAGAUCACAUCUACAAUUCUCUUCUCCAUGGUGAUGUUUGUGUCUAUGAAUCAAUCAGAGGAUCUGAAGACCCUGAAAACGGUAAAGUAUAA